AUGCUGAAGGCGACUUUAAUCUCCCUUGUAAUGGGGUCCACUUUGGAUCCAUUAUACUGGACGGUUACUGAUCAAAGAUUCGAGACAGAACCGUUUCACAAGAUCACCGUCCGAAUUGGCGACAAAAUGGACCUGAUUUGCCCUCGCCACGGCGAUGGGUUAACCCACGAUGGGAAGAUGUUUCACAAGAUCUACGAAGUUUCAAAGGAGGCAUUCGAAAACUGCGAUUCCUCCCAAGGAAAACGACUCAUCAGCUGCGAUCAACCGACCAAGGAGAAGAAAUACACUGUCUUGUUUCAAGAACUUAACCCGUCGCCCUAUGGACUCGAAUUUCUUCCCGGCGAGACUUAUUAUUAUAUCUCAACUGGCGACGGAAUCGAAAGCGGAAUGGACAAAAGACAAGGCGGUGGCUGCUCGAGUCACAACAUGAAACUCGCCAUCGCAGUUGAAGCCGAGGACUUUUUGCUGGAAGAAAACGGGCCGAGCAACGGAAAACUGACGAGCGGAAGCCGCGGAGAAGAAGGACCACUCGCCGAGGAAAUCGAAGAAAUCGAAAACAACUCCGCGCUCAUCAUCGGAAUCGCCAUCGGAGCUGCCUUCGUCAUGCUCAUCGUUGUCUCCAGUUUCUUCAUCUUCAGAUGUCUCAGAAACCGAAAUUCAACCAACGACAAAAUGGUCUUCAUCUCCGGCACCUCCCCCGUCGACAUCACCCGCGUCGCUGGCAACUACGCCACCCAAGACGUCAACGACUUGGAUUUCAUCUACCACACGGGCUCCGAACAGUCGACGAACCAGAGCUACGUCACCCGCGACAGCUACACGCCCGGCGACGUCUGCGAAGUCUAA